AUGGUACAAUGCUGUCCCAAAUACCUCCAAGAGAAGGGAUGCUCGGUGCGGCACACCUUGACGCUGAUAGGAGCCCUGCUCACCUGUUUUUGCGUUGAUGGUUGCGCGUACAAUAUUGGCAUUCUGAUAUCCUAUUGGUCCUCGUACUUUAACAAGGACACCUUUGUCCUAUCAUGGAUUGGUUCCAUUCAAAUGUUCUUCAGCUACUGUCUGGGACCCCUGACUGGCUUCCUUAUAAAUCACUUUGGAAUAACCCCAGUAGCCAUCACAGGAGCAACCGUUGCCUCCAUGGGGCACUUUAUCUCCGGGAUGCACGGCAACAUGAUAACACUGUAUAUAUGCUUUGGUGCACUGGCAGGUGCUGGCUAUGGACUGCUAUAUAUGACUGCAAUCGUUGCCAUCACCACAGGCUUUGAUGAGCUACGACCUAUAGCCAUGGGGAUUAUGGCCUGUGGCUCGGGUAUAGGUGCCUCAAUACACAGCAUUUUCUAUCCUCUAGUCGAAUCAAAAGUAACCUGGAAAGGAUUAUGUAUCGCCACAGCGGGACUGCUGCUACAGGCCUGUGUUUUUGGCUGCCUCCUCGGACUUGCUUUGCCCAAGAAGCCACCUCAGCAGCCGAUGAGCCAAUCGCCGCACAAUCCCACCGCGAGCAUUUUCAGCCUUGAUUCUCAUGCCCUCGGCAUCCUGGGCUCGGGGUACCUAAACCGCCCCAAUGAACCUACUACAAGCGCUGCGUUCAUGAACUCUCAACUGGAUCUCAAAGCCACUCUGGAAACGCCCAAAAUGCAGCACAUGAUGGGAAGUUUGGGAUCAUUCACUUAUUUGGUUGAGGUUGAAAAGAUUGCGCAGCAGAUUGGUCUAUUUGGCAAAGGCAUGCCGUUGCACAGGAACGCUUCUUUCCUCGUCUUCCUAGCCGCAGUGUUUAUUCAAGCCAUGGGCUCCUACUCCCCAGUCAUCCUCCUUUUUGAUAUAUUGCUCGCCGAGGGCUUAAGCCCAAAGGCGGCAGCCGGCACUACAGCCUUGGUGGGUAUAUCCAGUGCAAUCGCGAGACUCGUAUUCGGCACACUGGCCACGUUUCGCUGGGUGAACAAGACCCACCUGCUGUCAGUGCUCAUGAUGGCUGGCGGAGCAAUCAACAUCACUGUCUUUUUUCUCCACCAGCAGAUGUUUUUGCAAUUCUAUGCCUGUGUUAUAGGAAUUUGUCUAGGAGGAGUGACAGUAAUACACCCACUGGUUCUGGCGGACUUAGUGCAGAGAGAGCGACUGACAGAUGCAAUGGGGUGGGAGAUAAUGUCGGCAGGAAUGGGGUACUGCCUGAGCACGCCGCUAGCCACACUGCUGAGUCUACAACUCGGCAACAUGCACAUCAGCUACAUCGUCUCGGGCGUACUGAUGCUGUUUGGGGGUACCCUCGUCGAGCUCACGCGCUGGUCUCGCCGAACCAUCAGUGAGGCAGACAUCAACCGCCUCCGUAGACGCCUUGAGGGUGCCGCCGGGUAG